GUUGGAUGGUGCAUGCCAGAAUGACUAUAUUGAGGUCUAUGAUGGGCCACCCAAUACUUCUCCUCUCCUUGCAAGAAUUUGUUCUAGUUCUGUUCUCAUGUACACAUCAUCCUCAAACUUUAUGACGGUCAAAUUUCACAGUGACUCCAGAUACUCCAGUAGUGGAUUUCAUGCUGAGUAUCAGUCCGUUCCAGCAGACCAGAACACCAACCAACAAUUACAUCAACUGAGGUUAUAUUCAAUAUUCCGUACAACGGCUGUGGUACACGUAGACAGGUUGGUGUCAACAUAUAUUGGAGUGCUCUCCAAGUCUGAGCAUGGAAAUUUAACAGACGUGCGAAAAAUCAUCGUGAAUGGCAAAGCGUGUUGUAACCCACAGGGCAACAAUGAAACGAUCAACUACUCCAAUGUGAUAAAAGUGCUUGCUUCUGGUAACAUCAUCAAGAGACAAAAGGACCUUCACUUGCAGAUCAACUGCAAAAUGCUCCAGAACACCUGGGUGCAAACAAUGUACAUUGCCGAUGACACCAUUAACAUCAGUGAAACCCAGUAUGGCAGAUAUGAUGUUAACUUGACGUUCUACAAUUCCUCAUCUUUCCUGUGGCCAGUGCAUGACUUUCCAUACUACGUUGACUUGAAUCAGGAUUUGUUCCUUCAAGCUUCUCUUCACAGUUCUGACUCAAAUCUGGUGGUGUUUGUGGACACAUGUGUGGCAUCACCUGAUCCCAGCAAUUUUAGAACACUGACCUAUGAACUCAUCAGAAGUGGGUGUAUUAAGGAUCCUACCUACUCUUCUUAUUAUUCACCGUACAGCAAUGUUGCUCGGUUUGCAUUUAAUGCAUUUUCAUUUGUUAAUCGAUAUCCGUCAGUUUACCUGCAGUGUGAGCUGGUAGUGUGCAGGAACCAUGACUACAAUUCCCGUUGCUAUCAAGGCUGUGUUAGUAAGUUCAAGAGGAAUGCAGGUUCUUCCCAGGAAAAAGUGAAUGUUGUCAUUGGACCUGUCCGGUUUUGGGAAGCUCAUGCUGAGAACAGGAAUGCUGAGCUGGCCUCUGACAUCCAGACAGAAGGGGAGUCUCAGAGCUCAGUGCCUGCUACCACCUCCCACGUUCCUCUGGCAGUGACCAUCGUGGUGCUGGUAGCUGCUGUUCUCACGGUGGGAGGAUUUCUUCUGAAGCAUAAACUGCAGAAACCCAUCCCAUACCAGAUAAUGAAAGACCACUACAGCACCAAAGAACUUCACAGUGCCAACAACCUCAACACUGGAGACAACCUUCACAGAAGAGAUGACCUCCAUAGAGCAGAAAACCACCACAGAACCAAUGACCUCUCUAGCAGAGACAACCCUCAUACCAUCAACAUUCCCCAUAGUGGAGACGACCUCCCUAAUGGAGUUGAUCACCACAGCACCACCAACCUCCCUAACAGAGACAUCCUCCCUAGCAGAGACAACCACCUCAGCGCCAAUGACCUCCCAAGCAGAGACGACCACCACAGCUAUAAUGGCUACCACAGCAGAGAGGAGCACACCAGAUCCAGUCACCACCACAAUCUGGCCAGAUUCGACAG